AAGGUUUCUAUAAAUACUGUUUAUUCUUAGAAUAUAAAAAUGCAGGCCUUCUUAAAAGGGGGGUCAUCAGGUAUCAAAGAGAAUGCAGGGUUUAGCAGUAAACAGGUUGGAGGGAAAAGAAGGAAAGGACCGAUCCCUUGGGUUGAGAAAUAUCGACCUCGGACUGUAGAGGACGUUGCAUACCAAGACGAGGUCGUUGCUGUCCUCAAGAAGAGUUUAGAGGGCGCAGAUCUACCCAACCUUUUGUUCUACGGACCUCCGGGUACUGGUAAAACCAGCACUAUUCUAGCCGCAGCGAGGGACCUGUUCGGGGAUAUAUACAGGGAUAGGAUAUUGGAGCUCAAUGCCUCGGACGAAAGAGGAAUCCAGGUUGUCCGGGAGAAAGUAAAGAACUUUGCUCAGCUCACUGCUUCAGGAACACGUCCUGAUGGUAAACCAUGUCCUCCUUUCAAGAUUAUAAUCCUGGAUGAAGCGGACAGCAUGACUAAGGACGCUCAAAGUGCACUCAGACGAACCAUGGAGAAGGAAGGACGGAGCACAAAGUUCUGUUUGAUCUGUAACUACGUGAGCAGAAUAAUCGAACCACUCACUUCUCGUUGUGCAAAGUUCAGGUUUAAACCUCUUGCAACAGAGAUCCUUCUCACCAGGCUCAGGAUGAUCGUCGAGGCGGAGAAGGUGAAUAUCAGCCAGGACGGGUUGGAUGCGAUCAUCCUCACAAGUGAAGGAGAUCUGAGGAAAGCCAUAACAACCCUUCAAUCCUGCUCCAGGUUGAAGGGAGAAAAAGAAAUCUGUCAAGAGGAUGUUUAUGAGAUAUCUGGAGUUAUCCCCGAGUCAGUGAUAGAAGGACUUCUAGACGUGUGCCAACUCAACUCCUAUGAAAGACUCCAGGCUCAUAUUGAUGAUUUCAUGUGUGAAGGGUUUUCUGCAACCCAGCUGAUAAACCAGCUCCAUGAUAAACUAAUCUCGAACCCUGCUCUAACCGACAACCAGAAAUCCGAGAUAGGAGAGAAACUGUCUGUUUCCGAACACUGUCUAUUGGAAGGAGCAGAUGAAUAUCUUCAGAUCAUGGCAGUCUCAACAUCUAUCAUGAAAACAUUGGCGUCAACGGCAUAAAUAUCUAGCACAGAUCCAAUCCUUCUUCAGUAGGUGGUCGACUCCUACUCCUAUAGGUGGUCCAAUCAUACUGCAGUAGGUGGUACAAUCAUACUACAGUAGAUGGUUCAAUCCUACUACUGUAGAUGGUCCAAUCCUACUACAGUAGGUGGUCCAAUCAUACUAUAAUAGGUGGUACAAUCAUACUACAGUAGAUGGCCCAAUCCUACUCUAAUAGGUGGUCCAAUCAUACUAUAAUAGGUGGUUCAAUCUUACUACAGUAGUUGGUCCAAUACUACUUCAAUUAGUGGUUUAAUCCUACUCUAGUAGAUGGUUCGAUCCUUCUCCAUUAGAUAGUCCAUUCAUACUAAAGUAGGUGGUCCAAUCCUACUCCAGUAGUUGGUUCAAUCCUACUCCAGUAGUUGGUUCAAUCCUACCCCAGAUGUUGGUUUAAUCCUACUCCAGUAGUUGGUUCAGUCCUACUCCAGUAGUUGGUUCAAUCCUACUCCAGUAGUUGGUUAAAUCCUUCUCAAGUAGAUGAUUCAAUCCUACUCCAGUAAAUGGUUUAAUCCUACUCUAGUAGAUGAUCCAAUCAUACUUAGGUAUAUGGUCUAAUCCUACUACAGUAGGUGGUCCAAUCCGACUCCCGUAGGUGAUCCAAUCCUACUCCAAUAGGUGGUUCAAUGAUGUUAAAGUAGGUGGUCCAACCCUACUAAAUUUAAUGGUCCAAUCCUACUCAAGUAAAUGGUCCGAUCUUUCUCUAAAAGAUGGUUAAAUUCUACUUCAUUAAGUAUUUCUAUCUUUGUCUUCAGUUUAUGUAAACCCAAUACAAGAACUGAAUCUGUUAAAUCUAUGUUCACUAAACCCUGUGUUAAACCGGAAACGAUACGCUUAAUAUUCCUCGCAACAUUAAACCAAUUGAUAGACGAGGAAUUCUUUCAUCCAUAUACUUAUAUAUCCAAUCAAGCUUUUAUAUAUGUAAGUACAAAGUAAAUUCUUAACUUGAAAUACUGUUUCAGAA